AUGGAGCAAGAUCCAGGAUUCAUCGCUGCCGUCGAAGAGGCGAAGCAGGGUCUCGCCGAGGGCGGCGUGCCAAUUGGUGCAGCCCUGGUCUCCAAGGACGGCAAGAUCCUCGGCCGCGGUCACAACAUGCGCGUGCAAAAGGGAAGCGCUAUCCUGCAUGCCGAGAUGUCUGCUCUCGAAAACUCCGGUCGUCUGCCUGCCUCGGCUUACGAGGGUGCCACCAUGUACACCACCCUUUCGCCCUGUGACAUGUGCACUGGUGCCUGUCUGCUCUACAAGGUGAAGCGUGUGGUCAUUGGUGAGAACAAGAGCUUCAUGGGUGGUGAGGAUCUCUUGAAGAACCGCGGCGCGGAGACCGUUGUCCUGGACAACCAGGAGUGCAAGGAUCUGAUGGACAAGUUCAUGAAGGAUAGUCCUGAAUUAUGGUAUGUGCUAGGUGCUUGGUUCGCAGGGGAGGCGAGUGCGAGUCUUUCAUCAGGACUUGGCAGUUUCAUCAUUAUCAAUACUAACUGUAGUGUCCGCUGUUCAGGAACGAGGAUAUCGGGGUCUAACUUGAUGAGGCUCCUGUAUAUAGCCCCAAAUACAAUGGGAAAUGAAAUACCCCAUCAAGAGGUGGAAAUACUUUUGAAUCCAAAGUCGUAUCUUUUUGAAAGAGCCUCGGCCAAAUAG